GUGUGUAAUGUGAAUCACUGUCUAACAAAUUUCGCAUCUUGAAUGAUGCCACCAUAAUGGACGCUUCAGGACACUGGCUGAUAUCAUUGUGCGCCCUGAUUUGUCUUCGUCUUUCAUCGUUAGUGUCAGGUGGCGGAGGCUCUGAGGACAACUCUUAUCUCGGCAUAGACCUACUCCUUAGUUCCAACAGAUUUUCACUUUGGAUUAACGACACAAUGGUAUACGACACUGGGCACAGCAGAGACUCUGGGACGAUCGUCUUAGCCAUUCAUGAGAAGGAAGGCUUUGUUGUGGCCUCCAGGAGUUUCCCAACUUUCAACCCAUCGGAGGGUCAGGUCCUCCAGCGAUUUCUCAAGUCAAUUCAGCCGAGUCGCAUCGUGAUUGUGGCAACAAUGCCAGAAGGAACUAGAUACCUUGCAGAAGCUGAGUCCGCCUUAGCCGAGAGAGGUUGCAAGGGGGCGUCUUUGCUGGCGAUUGGGGAGGCCUGGGCUUGUGUCCUUAGCGUCCACCAGGUAUGGGAGGUCGUAGUGACGCGACCUGUCUUGUCAACUGAAGAGAAACUCGCUCACUGGGAAGUCAUGGCUCUUCCCCAGCAGUCGUCGGCAUUAAGUGUUCACAUCCCCUCGAGAAACACAGGUACAGAGUGUGACUGGCACCACAGAGCAGAUUUAAAGGCCCAGCGAGACUUCUGUAGGAAAUACGAUGGCUUCCCUGAGAUAUGUCGAUGCAGUCGACCGAUUUUAAGUAAUCUUGCUUUUGCUAAGGCUGAGAAUAUGGAAAUUCGAGAAACGAUCCCUUGUGUCAUUGUUACGUCAAAGCAUCCUUACAAUAUCUAUAGGUUGCUACUCCAACUGAUGAGGAUAAAAGGCUCACAACAGACGCCCUUCGUAGUUCAUUUAGAGGUGGACGUUCCAGCAACAGAAGAACUGAUAAAGCUUUUCAAUUUAUCUUUAAGCAAACGCGAAGCUCUACAGCAGACAAGUGAUUUAUCAGCUGCAACGUCCGCUAUUGCAAAUGUCACUUACCACGCUAUCAGCGAGACCUUUGCGAGAUUUCCUGAGGCAAAUAAGAUAAUCAUUCUCGAAGACGAUCUUAUCCUUAGCCCAGAUUUCCUUUGGUAUUUUCAGCAAACUUCGUCAAUCCUUGACGACGACCCAACUGUCAUGGCAGUGUCAGCUCAUCACAGCCAAAGUUUUCCUGGACGCAGUCUCGACCCAACUCGAGUUCUCAGGGGCAGGGCUCCUCCCCAGUGGGGUUGGAUGGCUAGUCGCAAAAUUCUUCAGAAGUGGAUGCCAUCGAGUUGGGGAGGUGACUGGGAUUACUGGCUCAUGGAAAAACAAAAGAUUGACGGGAUGGAAAUAGUUUUCCCUGAGCUUUCAAGGUCACUGCAUGCAGGUAGUGCUGGAACUCACAUCACUGGAUUGGAGCAAGCAACGUUUUAUAACUUACAAGCUGCUAAUGGCCAACGCAAUGCCAAUAUUUCCAACUUGCCUGAGGUACGGAAAGAGGUUUAUGCAUCGAAGCUUAGAGAGGACAUAUCAGUGGCUGUGGCUGUAUCCUUGAUAAGUCCAAGUCACUGUGAAAAUCAACUGCAGCUACAUCCUGUCCAGGGAGGCCCAUUCAUCAUAUACGUCAAUAAUCGCCCGGAAUGGUAUGCCGUCAUGAUUUGUUUUAGAGGCUUCAUGAGUGACGUGAGAGAAGAAUUCGAGUACGUUCAGCAGCUGACUAUAGCAGGGGAAAAACUGUUCGUGGUGAAGUGUCCCGAGUCCCCUCACUGCGUACGGAUGCCGUCUGGUUACGUAGCGGUUACCAACGAUGAUGACAUAAUAGAAGCAUUCUGGGGAUUAAAUCUGUUCCGAAGUAGCCGGCUCGUUAGGACGCCCUUCAAAAUAAGAAGGAAACCCCAACGUUUAAUAGAAGAAGUCGAACUGCAGAACGUCGACUUAGGUUACACAACACUAAGCCUCGACACUUCAGAUCUGAUUUCCGAUGAAGCGUUUGUAUUGCCUUUAAUUAAUAGUGCACCUGAAUCUGUGACGUCAGAAAAUCAGGGCGGCAGAGUUCCUGAUAGCGUUAGAAAUCCCGAUAAAGAAUACGAUGCAGAUGUACCUGAGGGACCUGCCGUAGAAAUCCCAUCUGUUCUCUCUCCAAAUCUAUCAUCGACACCAAGGGUAAUCGCCAAAUCUUAUUCUCCAGCGGCCCCUUACGGGUCUUCACUGAGUUACUAUUUAUCAUGCAUAACUGUGCAGUGCAUAGCCUCUGAUCCUUUGCUACCGGUUCACCAAUUGCCAAAGACGCACAGGGCAACGGCAGUCAUGUCUCAGGAGGAGAAGCAGAGUCCUUAUGAUACUUCUGUCGAAUUUACUCUUCGAGAUUAUUUUAGUGAUAACAUCACUCUUAAAUGGCUGUCGAAUACAGAUGAUUAGUCACUGGGAUUUCUUUUUCUAGCGUUGUCUGUUAUGCAUAAAAGGUAGAUUUCCCCAUUGUUUGUUUUUUAUAUGGACAGCAUUUGAAGAGAAAGCGAAUCUUUGAAGGAUAUUCCAACAGGUGCUGUGCCUUCAGAAAUAGAGGAGUAGACACAGAAACCGUUGAGAGAGCAAACCCUUCAGCUUUCAACUGAACGUCGAGAAAUUAAUAGCAGAUUUGUCGGAAGGAAAAUAAAA